CGUGGGAAGGGCUUGGGGGAAGCGGCGGCCUAGCGAGGCAGGUGGAGAAGCUGGGGUGCUUGGGUGGUCGCGGGGAGGGAGUGUGGAGGCUGUGAUACGGACCUGGGCUGAGCGGGACUGAGAGCCCACGACCUGGUGGUGAGGAGGGCGGGCGCAUUUACUUGUUUCCGUUUCGGGUCGGCUUGUGGUUAAACCCCGUUUUCUGGCGGGAGGGAACGUGCAUCAUGAUCGAUCUUUACGCCGCCAGCUGCUUGCUGUCCAGGGGUUUCUAAACGUAGGAUGCGUCCUGUGAAAUGUGGAAUGAAUGCGCAAUGAAUGCAUGAAUGAAACUGAAGUGAGACUAGCGGAGCGGGGAUGGGAAGGAUGGAGAAGAGGGGUGGGAUGGAAAGUUUAGUGUUUUUAGGGUGGUUAGCAAAGGAGGACAUUGAGUCAGUCUGGUGGGACUCCCCUUUCGUCACGUUCUGCUGUUUUGAUAACUUGGAUGAAGUUAGGCCUGGGAACGAAUUGUAGUUUGGAUAUUAAUGAACAAGCAAUUAACAUUGCUUCUUGCUACACUUAGUAUAGUUUGUGCCCUGCCAUCAAACUCAGAGUUCCCUGUUGAUCUCAAAGGUGUGAACCCCAUUUCUUCCUAGGGAAAAUUAACUAGAAUUGAACUUAACUUGAAUAUAUUUAUUGUAGGUAGGAAGCUACUUUAGAUUACAUGACCUCUAACUGCCUUUCCAGUUUUGAAAAUCUGUGGUUAUUGAACCUUAUACGUUGUUUUGUUUUUAUGUGUUUGUGGACAUUGAAAUUUAGAAUUGGAGAGACUUUAGGGAUCCUGUAGCUCCGCUGGUUUUACGGUUUGAGGGAAGCUUUGGAAACUUUAUUCCUUCAUUCAGUAAAUAUGGAGCACCUGCUGUAUACCAGCUUUGGGGAAUACAAUGGUGCAGCACGUGGCAUGUGAUAUUUUGAAUGCUUAUUAUAGGAGGAUUUAAUUCUGGGAAAUUGGGGUAGAUUUAUCUGAGGAGGUGAUAAUUGAGAUCUGAAAGAGAUAAGGAGUCUGGGAAGAGCCUUCUAGAUAGGAAGCAGCCUUAGCAAAGGACUUGUGACCUGAGGGAUAUGGCUCUUUCAAGGGACUGAAAGAAAAGCAUGCAGAGCGAUAUGAAGUGAGGCUGGAGAAGUAGGAAGGUGCCAACCCAGGGGCUUGGAGUUUUAUCAUUAGCUUCAGCGCAGCAGGAAGCUAUUUAAGUAUUUAAGCCAAGCGAUCAUGUGACUGGCUUUACGUUUUCAGAGCUUCAACCUAGGUGUAAUAGGGAGAAUGGUUUGAAAAAGGCCAAAGCGGUUAUGAGUAAUCGAAUAACCCAAGCAAGAAAUGUGGGAAGCAGUUGUGGAGGUAGGGAGAAAUGGGAAGACUGAACGGAUGUUUAGGAAGAAAAAUGGACAGGAUAUGUAGGAUGGGGGAAGGAAGUAUCAAAGGUGACUUACACGUUUCUUAUUUGCAUACCUGAAUAGAUGUCAUUCCCUGAACUGGGAAACUUUAGAAGUUUGGUUUGUACAUGGUAAGUUGUAGGUGCUUUUGAGAAAUUUAAGAGCUGUAAAAUGAGAAGUAGGGAUCUGGAGCUCAGAUUUGACGCCUAGGGUAGAGAGAUAAGAAAUUAACCAUCUGGGGCCCCUGGGUGGCUCAGGUCAUGAUCUCUCAGUCCUUGAGUUCAAGCCCCGCGUCGGGCUCUGUGCUGACAGCUCAGAGCCUGGAGCCUGCUUCAGAUUCUGUGUCUCCCUCUCUCCCCGCCCUCCCCCCCCCCACUCGUGCUCGCUCAUGCUCUCUCAAAAAUAAAUAAAUGUUAAAAAAAAUUAAAGAAAAAUUAGCCAUCUACAAAUGAUUAUUAAAGCAAUGUGCAUAAAUGAGUGAAGAGGCUUGGAUGGAGCCUUGAAUGCUUACUGACCAGGUUAGGGGAAGGUGAAUCUGCACAGAAGAUCCAGGAGGACUGUCCAGAGAGGGAGGAAAACCAGAAGAAAAGAUGCUGGAACCACAGAAUGGCUUGAUUGACCUACCAGAUUAUGGGCAUGUGGAAGAUGAAACUUUUCCUCCUUUCCCACCUCCAGCGUCUCCACAGAGAGAAGAUGGUGAGGGAGCUGAACCUGACGAAGAGUUAGGGAGAGGAGCACCUGUUCCCGUACCUCCAAAGAGAACAGUUAAACGGAAUAUACCCAGGCUGGAUGCUCAGAGAUUAAUUUCAGAGAGAGGGCUUCCGGCAUUACGGCAUGUGUUUGAUAAGGCAAAAUUCAAAGGUAAAGGCUAUGAGGCUGAAGACUUGAAAACGCUAAUCAGACACAUGGAGCAUUGGGCACAUAGGCUAUUCCCUAAACUGCAAUUUGAGGAUUUUAUUGACAGAGUUGAAUACCUGGGAAGUAAAAAGGAAGUUCAGACUUGUUUAAAACGAAUUCGACUUGACCUCCCUCUUUUACAUGAAGAUUUUAUUAAUAAUAAUGAUGAAGUAAGAGAAAAUAAUGUACAGGAUGUAACUGCUACCGAAUCAGAUCCCUUUUUGACAAGCUCAUUGGAAAGUGAGAAGUUUGCUUCUGAGUCAAGUAGAAGCCUAACGGAAGAACAACAACAGAGAAUUGAGAGAAAUAAACAACUGGCCUUGGAAAGAAGGCAGGCAAAGCUACUGAGUAAUAGUCAGUCCCUCGGAAAUGACUCAUUAGCGAGCACACCCGGGGCAGAGACCAUUGAAGAGGUUAAUACAGGGGAAGAUCAAGAGGAGGAGUCAUCAAACAGAUUUGACAAAGACAUUCUCGACAGUCCACACAAUGAUGCUGCUGCCAAUGCUGUAAAUGAAGAGGAGGAAUUAAAAAUAGAGAAAACACAACUGGACCAAUCCUUUUAAAAUGUAUAGUGGUAACUUUAUGCUUUAUCUGGGAAUGUCACUGAGGUUGGACAGGCCUCAACUAAGAGAAAAGCUGUUAACUUGCUAUCCUCUAAGUUUUAGAUUACUAUGUAUUUUGUCUACUUGGUGUGAAAAUCCUCAUGUAGUAAGACUUUCACAGAUUCCUGUUUAAAAUCUGGUAUUAUAAUUAUACUCGUUUCUUAUUUGA